AUGAACGACAACACCGGCGUCGGUGGUGGCAAACUGUCAACCGGUGGUCCCGGUGUCCUGUGCAAGGUUUGCGGCGAUCGGGCCUCGGGCAAACACUACGGUGUUCCCUCUUGCGAUGGUUGCCGUGGUUUUUUCAAGCGCAGCAUCCGUAGAAAUUUGGAGUACGUGUGCAAGGAAGGUGGCAAAUGUGUGGUGGACGUUUCAAGGCGCAACCAAUGCCAGGCCUGCCGAUUUGCCAAGUGUCUGCAGGCGAACAUGCGCCGAGAAGCCGUCCAACAUGAACGAGCGCCAAGGAACUGUACACCGCUGACUGCCACCGUUAAUGGUCUUUCCGCACACGGCGAUUAUUACGCAUCCCGCACAUCCUUCGCGUUGCCUCAGACGAACUUAUUUUUUCCACUUCCAUUGCAUAUCACGGCCGCGACGGCUUCCGGUCCAUUUGCACCGCUCGGCGAUCCUGCCCGUUUCCUUUCGCCGUACGCAGCCCAAUCGCUUGCAGCUGCCGCCGCUAGUUCCUCCAGCUUCGAUCAUUUCCCGUCACCAACAGCACGGACUACCACACCGACGGCAUUUCAACCUACUGCCACUGGUUUGCCGCCAGGAUCCGGGCUUAUACAGGUACCGGUCCCAUUACCAGCAGCUACGAUGAUGUCCAAAUCGAGCGAAGCAAAUCAGGUUACCACCGCUACCAUUACGGAAUCAAUGUUCAAUAGUAUCACCGGAGAUUCGCUGUCCUUACCGGCGCCACCACCAAUCCACUCGAUCAGUUCCAUUCUCAGCCUCAGCUCGGCCAAGGAGAAUGAAGUUAGCAGCACGGGUGAGGAUAGUCCACCACGGUCGGGUGUAACCACACAGCAAUACCAACAUCAGCUGUUAUUUUCCCCUGCUGGAACUGUCGGUCCGAUGCACGGUGGAAAGAGCGAAACGGACAUGCUGCUAGAAUCAGCAGCCAAGCUGCUGUUUCUGGCGGUGAAGUGGGCAAAAACGGUACCGUCGUUCCUUCAACUACCGGCCAACGAUCAGAAGCUGCUGCUCGAGGAGGCAUGGGCAGAACUGUUUGUCAUCACCGCAGCUCAGUGGGGACUUCCUAUUGACAAUGAAUUCAUCGUAAGGAAUCCACAGGCUGUGAAGCUACAAAGCGCCAUCCAGCAGUUUGGUAUCGCGCGAGUUGACUAUCGGGAGGCGGCCUGUCUGAAAGCGCUUGUUCUUUUCCGACCGGAUCAACCCCGACUGUAUGCAGCGCACGAGGUUCUGCUGCUUCAAGAUCAAACCGUUGCACUGCUGCAUGAAAAGUGUGGCGGUGUACGGUUGGGCCAUCUGCUAUUGCUGCUUCCGGCCAUUAAGGCGGCAGCCAACGCGAAAGUACUGCAGGAGAUGCUGUUCCGCAAAACGGUCGGUGAGGUGGCAAUCGAGCGGUUGUUGCUCGAUCUCAUGAAAACAUAG